AUGGCUGCGUCGCUGGAGAGGAGUUUCCUGGAGAUCUGCGGCUUCGAGAGAGAAUCUCAGCGCCGCUGUAGAGAAGUGACAGUGAACCUGGGUCUCGGUCCUCUCCCUGGGGGGAAGUUUCCGGAGAGCGCUGGAGCGUUCCAUUAUGAAGAGAGCGAAAAACUACUUUCUGUGACGAGCAACCGCUUCAUCCACUGGUUGACAUGUGGAGACACCGUGCACCUGGUGGAGCUCUCUCUGGACACAAACCUCCUGAACAACGCGGUGAAGCUCACGUUCAGCCACUGCUCCGUUCUGCCAGGAGGGGUCGCUGUUCAGGAGACACUCAACAACGUCAUCGUCCUCAUCUGCACCAACCAGAGUGUCCACCGGCUGGUCCUGCCACACCCGACACGCAUGUACCGCAGUGACCUGGUGUCUGAGCUCCAUAUGCAGUCCAUCUUCACAGACGUGGGAAAGCUGAGUCUCCUGGAGGGACCCCACAGCGCCCCUAUCCCCUCCUCAGGGAACUACAGCCCCAGCUCUGCAGUGUGCUGGAUCAGCCACAAGGGGGAGGCACUGUACGGAAUGGCCUCCCCCACAGGCGGCAUCACGGUGGUCACGCUACCGCCGCACGACGGACAAGGGUCUCUCACGGUCACUGAGCUGAAGCGGUCGUCCAUGAUGCGUCGGAUCUCUGGCUGGAUGCCGUCCUCCAUCGUUGGGGACCAGAGCUCGGAGCUGGUGCUGAGUUUAGCCGUGCGAGAGCUGGAGGACGACAGCUUCAUCUUCGCUCUGUGUCAGGACCACAAACUGCGGCUGUGGUCUCUGCGGGAGCAGCUGUGUCUCCUGGAGGUGGACCUGCUGGAGUACGUUCCUUCGGGCAGGGGUCUGAAGCGGCUCUCCUCAGCGGGUCAUCGCCUCAGGCUGGUCUUCAGCCCGAGCACUGGUCUGUGCGUGUGUGCUUACCUCAGCUUCCCUCACAGCGGACAGUUCACUGUCCUCCAGCUGGUGGCCACGGACAACCAGAAAUACAGCCUGGACCACAUCUCCACGCUCUUCUCUACACAGGAGACGCUGGUGGACUUCUGUCUGACCUCCACUGAAGUCUGGGCUCUGUGGGUGGACGACACAAGCUCCACAAUCAUCAAAUAUAUAAACUUUGAGCAUAAUGCCGCGGGACAGUGGAACCAGGUCUUCACUCAGCCGGCCCCAGAGGAGGAGGUCCACAUCGGGGUCGACCAGGAUCCUCGGGAGACGUAUCUGGACGUGUUGUUUUCUCCGCUGACCUUCACAGCAGCCGCCAUCGUCAAAGCUCUGCAGAUCUACAGACGCGGCUCAGAGAGGUUCACAGAUCUGUCCUGGGAUGCUCUGAAGCGGGAGGUGGCUGUCGCCGUGGAGACAGAUCUCCAGGGCAGUGUGACAGAGUUCGAGUUCUCUCAGGAGGAACACAGACAGCUCUUGGUGGAGUUCUGGUCUAAGUUCUACGCCUGUGUGCUGCAGUACCAGGAGGACCUGUCUCUGCCCUUGGCUCUCAGCGUGGACCCCCACACUGGCAUGGCCUGUGUGCUCAAGAAGGGUCUGGUCUCAUUCCUGUUGCCGUGUUUUGCCGUGGAUCAUCUGUACCUGUCCUGUGAUAGCUACAUGUCCACAGAGGAGGAGACGCCCAUCACAGAAGACGCAGACCUGGCUCGUGACGUGCUGACCGUGGCGCAGUGCCUUCGCCUGCUCAGUGACGUGGUUUCUGGGGAGAUGUGGUACGAGAUGGAGAAGGCUCUGGACCAGCUGGAGUCUCCUGAGAGAGCGGCAGAGCAGGUCCUGGACAACAUGCUCUCCAACGACAGUGAGAACGUGCUGGAGGACAUUCAGAACAAACUGCAGGACGUGAGGAGCCCAGUGUCUGCCAUGAAUGUGUUACUGCGAGAAUUGGACCUAGAGGCCGAGGCCGAGACGGAGACUCCACAGAGCACAGCUCACUCCCUGCAGACCCGCCUCUCCCUCUCUCAGCUCUAUGGUAGCUCCACGGCGGUGUCCAUGCUUUCCCAGGCCCUGGUAACCGUGGCCACGACCAGAGCUCAGUUCUGUAGAGACCUGCUGAUCCUGCAGAAGCUGUACCUGCGCUUUGGAGACAACGUGUUCCUGGGGGGCGGGGCAUGGCUGUUGCAGCUGCAGCAGGACUUGAUUCCACGCAGUUCUCACCUGCUGUCGUCCUAUCACCUGCUGAAGAACAUCUCCCAGACCCUCGCCUCCUCUGUCCCAGUAGACAUAAUAGACGCAAACCUGCAGCAUCUGACUGUCCUGGAGCUGUCCGACUCCCCCGCGCUCUCCUCCCACAGCACAGUCCUGAGUCCUCAGACGGUCGUCGAGCUCUUCUAUCAGACCUCGGCUCGUAAAUCUAUCAUCUCUCAGAUCUACGCUCAGAGGAACAGUGAAGCCGAGCUGCUGCAGUGGAGCCACAUGGUGUCGAGUGUGGUGCACCUGCUGGGACAGAGCCUCUGGCCUUCGAACCCUGGAUUCCAGUUCCCAGAGUGUCUGAUGGUGAACUGUCAGAAUACACAGCUGCAGGAGUAUGUGCGUCUGUCCAGUCCCUGGUGUCAGGUGAACAUCGGCUCCUGUCGCUUCAUGUUGGGACAGUGUUACCUCGCCACUGGAGAGGGACAGAAGGCACUGCAGUGUUUCCAGGAGGCCUCCAGUGAAGUGGAGAAAGAAGAGUUUCUGAUGAAGCUCACAGGCGCAGAGGACGAGGAGGCAGCCCCUACUGCGCGCUUGCAGUACUACAACAAGGUGCUGCGUCUGCUGGAGGACGUGGGUCUCCCUGAGCUGGUGAUUCAGCUCUCCACUCUGGCCAUCAGCGAAUCAGCCAACGACCCCAGCUCCCAGGCGGCGCUCUGGACCCGGAUCUUCAAACAUCACCUGGAUCUGGGCCACAACAGCGAAGCGUAUGAGGCCCUGACACGGAACCCCGACUCUAGCAUGCAGCUGGACUGUCUGCGUCAGCUCGUGGUGGUGCUGUGUGAGCGAUCGCAGCUGCAGGACCUGGUGCAGUUCUCCUACAUCGGCCUCCACGAUGAGGUGGUGAACAUCAUUGAGUCCCGAGCUCGGAGUCUGGAUCUUCUGUCUCACAACUACUACGAGCUUCUGUACGCGUUUCACAUCCAGAGACACAACUACAGGAAAGCUGGUACAGUGAUGCUGGAGUUGGCGUUGCGUCUGGGCAGGGAGGUGCGAUCGAGGGCGGGGCUUCAGCGGCAGGUGAACUGUUACCUGUCGGCUCUGAACUGUCUGCGGCUCAUCCGCCCUGAGUACGCCUGGAUUGUGCAGCCGGCGCCAGGAGCCACGUACGAGCGCCCGGGAGCUUCACCGAAGAGAAACUCAGACGGAGAAUUCACCACUGAACCAGUGCGGCGACACGUGGACAUCCUCGAGCUCUCAGACCUGGAGAAAGAGUAUGUCCUGUCGCGCAGUCGCCUCACGUUGGCUCAGCAUCAUCCUCCGUCUGCUGCGAUGGCAGGCAGCGCUGCAGCAGUAGAGAUGGUGGCUCUCCUGGUUCAGACCGGACUCUUGGACUGUGCGAUCACUCUGUGUGAGACCUUCAAUCUGCCGCUGACCCCAGUGUUCGAAGGACUAACCUUCAAGUGUAUAAAGCUGCAGCUCGGACCAGAGGAAGUUCAGAACGAGGCCUGGAGCUGGUUAGCAGCAAAUCAACUUUCUACAGUCGUCAACACCAAAGAAUCCAGUGCCGUGGACGAGGCCUGGAGACUCUUGUCUUCGUACUUGGACAGAUUCUCAUCUGACGGACGACAACACAAACACGUCAUCACCAAACUGCUGUCCCACGGUGUGCCCCUCCCCGAUUGGCUGACGGCAACCUACAAGUCCCUGGACGCCGCAUCGUUGCUCCGCCUCUACCUGAACUUUGACCUCCUGGAGAGUGCUGCGGAGCUGGUGCUGGAGUAUGUAGAUGCAGUACUUGGGAAAGGACAUCAGUACUUUGGGAUCCAGAAGCCGCUGUCGGCCACAGGGCAUCAGGUGUGGCUGCCCUACACCUGCAUCGACCACCUGCUGCAGGCGCUGAGGGGCUCCCAGAGCAGCAUACAUAUUUAUAACAAACUCCAGGACAAACUGGACAAUUAUCAGCGUUUAGUGGAUCAAGCAACAAAGCGGAGAUUGCAGACGAGGACCAUGUGGAGUCAAUCGGGCGAACAGAUGUGA